GACUUGGCAUCCCGCUGCGCCGGCCGGGCUAGAGGGAUCAGGGGCGGAUCCGGGGAGGAGCGUCAGUCCCGGGCCCGGCGCUCACCGCAUCGCUCCAGACGUCAGCGCCAGGCAGUGAGCCGCGACCCGGGCCACCGCCGGCCAGGUAGAGUGUCACCCUCAGUCCCCUCUGGGGUCCGGUGAGGGCCUGGCAGCAUGGUGCCCUCUGGCCAGACUCUGGAGAAGCAGGCUGAUGAGGAGUCCGGGUCGGAUCAGGAGCUCCAGUCCUGGCAGUGUUUGGUGUUCUACCUCUGUUUCUACGGCUUCAUGGCGCAGAUACGGCCCGGGGAGAGCUUCAUCAUGCCCUACCUUCUGGAGCCCCCGAAGAACUUCACGCUGAGGCAGGUGACCAACGAGAUCAUUCCAGUGUUGUCCUAUUCCAACCUGGCCAUGCUGGUGCCUGUCUUCCUCCUCACGGACUACCUACGCUACAAGCCGGUGCUGGUCCUGCAGGGCUUGAGCUACGUGUGCGUGUGGCUGCUGCUGAUCCUGGGCCACUCCGUGCUGCACAUGCAGCUCAUGGAGGUCUGCUACAGCAUCACGAUGGCCGCGCGCAUCGCCUACUCCUCCUACAUCUUCUCCCUGGUGCACCCCUCCCGCUACCAGCGCAUGGCCAGCUACUCGCGGACCGCCGUGCUCCUGGGCGUCUUCACCAGCUCCAUGCUGGGCCAGCUGCUGUACACGGUGGGCCACGUGUCCCUCUCCAAGCUCAACUACAUCUCCCUGGCUUUCCUCACCUUCAGCCUGAGCCUCACCUUCUUCCUGAGGCGCCCCAAGCGCAGCCUCUUCUUCAACCGCAGGGUGCUCGCGCGGGGCGCCUCCCCCUGCGAGCUGGACCGCAUGCGCCCCGGCCCCGGCCCCGGCCGGCCAGAGCCCGGGAAGCUGGGCCGCAUGCUGAGCCGCUGCAGGGACUCCUUCUUGGUGCGCAUGCUGUGUAAACUGGCGGACCUUGUGCGGCAGCCGCAGCUGCGCCUCUGGUGCCUCUGGUGGAUCUUCAGCUCCGCGGGCUACUACCUGGUCCUCUACUACGUGCACAGCCUCUGGAACGCCAUCAACAGUGAGCACGUUUACAACGGGGCCGCAGAUGCUGCGUCCACGAUGCUGAGCGCCAUCAUGUCCUUCUCCGCUGGCUUCCUGAAGAUCCGCUGGACCCUGUGGUCGAAGCUGGUCAUUGCGAGCGUCACAGCCAUUCAGGCCGGGCUGGUGUUUUUCAUGCUCAUCACCACCAACAUCUGGCUGUGCUACGUGGCCUUUGUGCUCUUCCGCGGGGCCUACCAGUUUCUCGUGCCCAUCGCCACUUUUCAGAUCGCAUCUUCCCUGUCUAAAGAGCUCUGUGCCCUGGUCUUCGGAAUCAACACCUUCCUUGCUACCUUGCUCAAAACCUUCAUCACCCUCGUGGUCUCUGACCAGCGGAGCCUGGGCCUCUCUGUCCAUAGGCAGAUAACUUGAAACACCAACGCAAUAUGAGAAGGCCCCCGAUUCCUAGCUGGUCUGGCUGUUGACCAGGCCUGGAGCUGCUUCUAGCCAAAACAGAUGCACCCCAGGGGCUAGACCCUCAGUGCCCGGGGGCUGACCUCCAACUCCAACCCAUGAUGACCUCCCUAGGGCAGGCCAUCAGCUUUUCUUCCAGCAGGCUGCUUGAGUCAGCUGUGCCUGGAGACCUCCUCUUGGUGGUCCCUGGAUUGAGAAGGCUUCAUGUGGGGCCUGCCUGGACUCUAGCGGAUGAUGAUUCAACUGGGCAGUGGGCCCUGGUGCAUUCACAUAGAGCACUCUGCAGCCCUGCUGAGGGGCUGCCUUUGUCCCUCCUGGCCUUGGGGGUCCUACAAGACUUGAUGGGCCAAAGUGCCAUAGGCAGAGAUGCUGUGUGACCAUCCUUGCUGGGCUAGUCCAUUCUGCAGCCACCACCCAGUGUAGUAGGGGAGGGCUGUGUUGAUGCCCUUCCUUGGAGCUUCUAGUGAGAUCCCUCCUUGGCAGCAUCUAUUUACACUGGCCUACAGCUCAGCCCUCUCGCCCCAGCCCGAGCUAGCUAAGGACUGCCAAUUCUGUCCCUGGCCCCUUCUGCCAGUUGCCAAUUAUUCUACACUUGACUGGGGCCAUUGAACAGGGAGCAAGCUAGCCCCUGCUGUUGGGCAAGCCCCCUCCUCAGCAUCAGUCACUGGCCAGGACACAGCAGUUAGGCAAUGAACACUGCCUGUGUGGCAUUGUGUGCCUGUGUAUACCUGCCCACCUAUGCUGACACAUCUGUCCACAUACACACCUGUGUAUCCACGCACGCCUAUGUAGAGAUUCAUCUAUCCCUGUGCCCAUGCACACCCGUUUAUCCACACUGUGUGUCUGCAUACACAUGCAUACCUGGGAAGUGCAGGAAGAGACUCUGGGUCCCAUUUUAGAUGCCUUGCCUCUUCUUGUGGCAGGGAAGGCUGCUUACAAACCAGUUGUCCGUGUAAAAGAUAAUUUUUAUUUGGUGCCCAUUUGAUGAAAUGGCUUCACAUCACAAAGUCACAGAACCAGCCCCGGUGAUCUUGUCCCAGUCCUUGGACAGCAGAGUCUGAAGCAGGUGGGUGCUGGCGCAAUUGCUGCGGUCAGCACUGUGUGGCCCUGAGUGCACCCGCCCUUCCACAGAGCAAGCUCUUAGCAAACUCUGCUGAACUCAAGGACUUGGGACAGGGCCCUGCUACAGCCUGAAUUUUAGGGCUUGGCUGGAUUCAGUCUACAGAGAGAGAAGCCUGAACUGGCCCCUGUGCAGUGUUGGGGGACAGGGUCAGAUCUGAGGUUAGCAGGGGCUGCUGAGUUUGUGUGGGGAUUGGUGCCAUGGGUGCUGUGCAGAGGGGACAGAUAGCUCCAGCUGCCCAUUGUGGACCACCUUGACCACCACCUGGGCAAGCAGAUGUCUGUGCUACUGGCAUGGCUGCUGGGUGGUGAGAAGAUAAGAGGCCCAACUGCCCUGGGGUCAGCCCCUCGCACCUCCCUGCGGCUGCUCUGGAAAUGGUCUGGGUCUGUCCCAGGAGACAGCCUGCAUCUGCCAGGGUGAGAGCAAGCUCUUCCUGGCUCCCUGAGGAGACUACAGGCCCAGCAACUCGGGCUUGGCCUCUAGCUGAGGUCCAGCUGGGGCCUGAUUCUGGCUGGGAGGCUCCACCUGGCCCAGAUGAAGGACCUGUAAGACAGGCUGGCCAGUGUGGAGGAGGGGAAAGGUAUAAAGUCUUGGCAUCAGGCUUUUCUGUGU